AUGCAGUUCCUUUUGCUCUCCCAUCUCCACGCUCCCAUCCCCAUGCUUCCUCGUCCAUGCAGCCAUCUGUUCACAGCACUGUGCACUAUCCAACAAGCAUCUCAUCCAUCGAUUUCAACCAUCACGGAUCACUCCUUGCUGUGGCCGCCAGUUACAUCUUCGAGAAGGCUGUCGGAUUCAUGGAGCACACUCCAGAUGCAAUCUAUGUUCAAGACAUUGGAUGAGUGUGCACUAAUCGUUACUGUAUCAUAG